AUGUCUUUGAAGCUUCCACAGGCACCCAAUGCAGGGUUGUUUAAGAGCGGCUACUCAUCAUAUUCUAAUUCAGAUGGUGCAAUUCUAAGGAAUAUUGAAGCUGUGCGUGAAAUCUCUUCUAUCUUGUUAACAUCAAUGGGACCAAGUGGGAGAAACAAGAUUGUUGUGAAUAAGAUGGGUAAGAAAUUCAUUACCAACGACGCAGCAACCAUGUUGAAUGAGAUGGAAAUUGUUCAUCCUGUUGUGAAGAUUUUAAUUAUGGCUUCGAAGCAGCAAGAGUUUGAAAUGGGCGACAAUACCAAUCUUGUAAUUAUAUUGGCUGGCGAGUUUCUCAAUGUUGCUGAAAAAUUGUUAUUAUUGGGCUUGAACGUAUCUGACAUCAUCCAGGGUUUCAAUUUAGCCAAUAAGUUUGUCAAGGAGACGUUAGGGAGCUUGGUUGUUGACAAAAUCGAGUCUUUUGGCGAUGAUCUAUUAAAGGCGAUUAAACCGGUUAUUGCAGCAAAGCAAUAUGGAGUUGAGGACUUGAUUGCUAAAUUAGUAGUUGAAGCUGUAAGAACUACCAUCAAUCCCAAAAACCCCUUGAGUUUCAAUGUUGAUAGUAUAAGAGUUGUUAAGAUUAUGGGCUCUUCGUUAUCGCAAUCUCAAGUAGUUAAAGGUAUGGUGUUUCCAAGAGAGCCUGAAGGAUCAGUCAAGAAUAUCAAGGGUUCAAAAGUUGUAGUGUAUUCAUGUCCAAUAGAUAUAUCGACUACAGAGACAAAGGGAACGGUACUACUCCACAAUGCACAAGAAAUGCUUGAUUUCUCAAAAGGCGAAGAGCAACAAUUGGAACAAAUGUGCAAAGAAAUCAAUGACUCGGGCGCAAAGGUGAUUGUUGCAGGAGCCAAUGUUGGCGGAUUGGCAUUACACUAUCUCAACAAAUACAAUAUCUUGGUAUUACGAGUGCCCUCGAAAUUUGAUUUGAGAAGAAUAUGUCAGGUGUGUGGAGCAACUCCCUUGCCUAGAUUAGGUGCACCAAUGGCCGAUGAAAUGGGGUAUAUCGAUAUCAUAGAAACUAAAGAAAUUGGGGGCGACAAUGUGACUAUUUUCAGACAAGAUUCAUCAUCCUCAAGAACAGCGACUAUAGUGAUUAGAGGAGCAACUCAGAAUAGCCUUGACGAUAUUGAAAGAACAAUAGACGAUGGAGUUAGCGCAAUAAAAGGGUUGCUUAAGGAUGAUAGAUUAUUGCCUGGUGCAGGAGCAGUUGAAGUAGAGUUGAUGAAACGCAUCACACAGUAUGGUGAAACUACACCUGGAUUAUUACAAUUGGCAAUCAAAAAUUUUGCAAAAGCGUUUGAAGUUGUACCUCGAGUAUUAGCAGAAACUUCUGGAUUUGAUACUUCAGAGGUAUUAAGUAACUUACACGCGGCACACUCGGAAGAAGAUGGAUUAAAAUAUGGAUUAGAUAUAGAUAGCGGUGAAGUUACUGAUACUGGAGUUUAUGAUAUAUUAGCCACCAAACAAUCGGCUAUUGAUUUAGCUGUUGAAGCUACAAAUACAGUUUUAUCUAUUGAUCAAAUUAUAAUGGCUAAAAGAGCCGGUGGUCCUGUGAUGCCAAAACAACCACGACCAGGUAAUUGGGAUCAAGAAGAUUAA